AUGAGAAUUUAAGCUACAUCAUUUAGAUUGCCAUCAUUGAAAUUAUAACCAAAAGACUCUUAUUAAUGUCUCAGUUAUGGUGAUAAUAAUCUAUCAAGUUCAUCAAUGAUUAAAUACUAGAGUAGUCCACUAAGGAAUUAUGAUCCAGUUCCAAUUAAAAAAAGAGUUAGAGGAAUGACCAUAAUUAUUUAUAAUAGUCAUGAAAAACUUAAGACAGCUGAUUAUUGCAAUGGAGCAGAAUUAAUUACUUAGAUCUAACAAAAUAAUUAAAGCACUUCUGUUGUCAAUACUUUUAGACGCUAUAGAAGUAAACUUAAGUAAUUGAUGUAACCUUCCAAAGAUGAAGGAAUAAAUUCAAGAGAUCCUCGUUUACAUAUAUUUACAGAUCCUGGUGCUCCUAUUCGGUUUGAUCAAUUCAAUAAGGAUCGUAAAGAUUAACAAUUUUAAGAGAAAGUAAGACAAUUAAUGGGUAAAGUUAAAUUACUCUUUUCCUCUUAACAAUUCUAUUAAGAGCCACUUAAUUAGGACAUUUUUCAUGUAACACUUGUAAAAUUAAAAGAUGAAUAUGAUUGUUUAUACUAAGAUUUCAAUGACUAUUAUGUUUAAAGUAAUAAAUUAGAUAAGCAUGUCUUGAAACUCUUAAAUCAUAUGGAAAUCAUCUAGACUUUGCUAAAACCAAAAAAGCCAAAUAAAAUAAUAAAGUAUCAACCACAAAAACCUAAUAUACUUCAACCAGAAUAAUAAUAAUCGCCUUCUGAAAUAGCAUAAGAAAUAAUUGAAGAUACUCCUUAGUAAUCUUAAACUGUUUAACAUCCGUAAUUUUCUAAUUAGUAACAAGACUAAUAGUCUAGUCAUGAACCAAGAGAGCCAAGUGUAUUUACUCCUCUUACUUCUAAAUAAUAUGAUAUUGAUCAAUCAAUAAGUGAUUUAGAGAAUGAUCAAUAAAAUAAGCCAAAUAUGCAAAAAAAAUAAAAAAAUAAAAACAACCCUUAAAUAUCUUAAGAAACUAUUCUUGUUGAGUUUUCUAUUUAGUAAAACAAUUCUAUAGUAAAUUAAAAUUAGAUUACUUAUUAAGUAUAAACUCAACCAAAAAUAAAAUAAAGAUAAAUUCCUUAAAGUAAUUCAACUUAAUCUAUUUAAUAAAAUGAUAUAUAUGAAUCUACAUAAAUCUUAAAAGAGGAUACUAAUUCAUAGAUUGAAAAGCCUACCUUUAAAAGAACUAUUAGUAAUUUAGGAUCAACUAGUAAAAGAAGAAAUACAAUGUUAGAGAGUAAAGAUGGCUAUUAAAAAUAAAAGAAGGUUAAUUCAAUCUCAGAAUAGGAUGAUAAUAAUUAAGAGGAUGAAGAAGAAGAUGAAAUUUAAUAAAUGGAUAGUUAAAUUGAAUAAAAUGAUGAAUAAUAAUAAUAAAGCAAGAUCAACAAUUUAGAAUUUUCUUUCUUAGAUAUGUUAAUUGGAUCCUAAAAUAUUUAUAAUUAUCCAUUUUAUUAAGAUUGGGAAUAUCACAUGAUUGAAAUUAUGAAAGGAACCAUUUUUGGUGAAUAUGAUUUAUGA